CACCCUUCAGUUCACCACACAUUUUCUUUCAAAAUAUUGUCGACGCCCGCUUUCCCUUCCCCGAGUUGCAGCUGUAUAAACACCAAAAUACAGCCGCAGCAACACCCAACGUCGUUUCUCCCGUCGCUUGCUGUUAACGCGGUCCUCUCUCAGGCACGCUGCACUUGUCCUCGCUGCUGCUCCUCGUCCAGCUGCUCGCCCUCCUUGCCACUAGUCCUCGUCAUCAGUCGCGCCGCUGGUCCUCGUCCUCUGUCACGCCGCUCAGAUUGGCACUGGCAAUUUUGGUUUUAAUAAAUGGGAAAAGGUAGUAGACUGAGUGAGAUGUUUGGCAAUUUGGGUAGUUUCCUUAGAAUAUGCAUAUUUCGUGUUCUAUCAAUGGGACCCAUUCCCAAUCAUUUUGCCUUCAUAAUGGAUGGGAAUCGGAGGUAUGCUAAGAAGAAAAACAUGAAAGAAGGGGCUGGUCAUAGGGCUGGAUUUUUAGCUCUUAUUUCCUUACUUAAGUACUGCUAUGAAUUGGGAGUGAAGUAUGUAACUGUUUAUGCUUUUAGCAUUGAUAAUUUUAAAAGGAGUCCUGAUGAGGUUAAGGACCUGAUGAAUCUGUUGCUAGAAAAGAUUGAGGAGUUGCUGAGGGAUGAAAGCAUUGUGAAUCAAUAUGGAGUCAGAGUAUAUUUUAUAGGAAAUUUGAAGCUCUUGAUUGAACCCGUGAGGAUUGCAGCAGAAAAGGUUAUGAAGGCGACUGCCAACAACACCAAUUAUACCCUUCUAAUCUGCAUAGCCUACACUUCACUUGAUGAGAUUGUACAUGCUGUUCAAGUUUCAUGUAAAAAUGUGACCUCCAGUUGUAUAGCUACAGGAGUUGAAGAGGAUGGCAAUAAAAAUAAAAAUAACAUGACUUUGCGUGCUGUCCAAGGAUCCUAUGUAGAUACAUGGUAUAACUAUCAAGCAAUGAAGGAAAAUAGAAUGGGCAAUGGAGCAUCUGCAUCCAAAGAAAGUGGGGAUAUGCAGGGAGAGUGUUCUAUCAUAAAGCUAGUUGACAUUGAGAAGCAUAUGUACAUGGCAGUAGCUCCGAAACCUGACAUCCUUAUUCGAAGUUCUGGAGAGACCCGCCUGAGCAACUUUCUACUUUGGCAAGCUAGUGAGUGUCUGUUGUAUUCUCCAGAUGCUUUGUGGCCAGAAGUUGGUUUAUGGCACUUGCUGUGGGCAGUAUUAAACUUCCAAAGAAACCAUUCUUAUUUGGAAAAGAAAAGGCGGCAGUUGUAACUUUGUUUUUUAAGCAGCUGUAACGAAUUUAAUGCUGCAGAAAAGUCACGUAUCACACGUCAUGUGAUAGUUGAGUACUCUUCACUAAAUUUUUGUGGAAGUUGGUAAGCGCAAGGAUGUGAUACAGAAAGCUUAAAUUUUCAAGCAUGGGCUUUUGUUUUUUAGUUGCAAGGGUGGUGUUUUUUUUUUUUUUUUAAUUUAUAAUCAGGUUCAAUAUAGGUCAGUUAACUCGUGAAAAUAUGAGAAGCUUCUUUUGAUGCAUUCUCAUAUUAUCUUGAAAGAUCUUGAAUUUGCACUCAUACUGUCUAGAAUUUAAGCUAUCAGAUACCAUUUCUAUGGA